AUGCGUAAAAAGGGCAGCGGCUUCAUUGGAGGAAAGCUAAAUUUAAAAAUUAAAAAAAAAAAAAAAUCUGUCAAGCAGGAAGUACGUCACGAAGAUGCCAACCAUGUGGAUGACACCGUUGAAAAAAACUUCGAACGAGUGAAGGGUGAGCGAAUCCCAUUGGACCAUGAUGGCAAGGUGGACACAUCUGAACAAGUUUUAAAAGGAACAGGACGAGUAACAACAGAGAAGAAUACAGUCCAUGGAGUGAGAACAGAAUUUAUGAAUGAAAUAAAAGAAGGCUAUGAUCUCAUUUUAGAAAACCCAUCAACUCUGCGCAACGAACGAAGGACUGUGACGUCUGUGUUAAGCAAUAAGACCUUAGUUGUGCAUGAGGACUUUACAUCCGACAUAAGUACUACUUGUACCUUUUACAUUGUGCCUGGUGGGAAGUCCAGUGGAAAAUCGGGGGCACAUAUCGGUGUGGAGUACGCUAAAGUUUUUGAGCAGGGGCCCAAGCAGGAUCAGGUCGAGGUGCGAGAAAAGACGGGCCUCUGGUCAUACAAGGUUGUGAAGAAAAAGGUCAGUGGGCGCCUAACCAACGAGGACAAGCUCGACAUGCGUGUGAAGAGCGGUCGGGAUAAAUUCUGCUGGUAG